UCGUACAUUUCUAGUCACCUAGCACUGUCUCACUCAAGCGAAAAUCCUUUCACUCCAGAGUUUUUUUUUUACGAAAAUCCCUUCUAAUUCUCUCGCAUUUGCCAUUUACUCCCUCAGAAAUCAGUAGCUACUGUUCUGAGCACAUUGGUGUCUCACUCUCUCUGCGCCUUUCUGCCAUUUUUAUUCAGAAAACUCUGCUACUUCCCAGGUGAUGUAGCUGCAAGCUUACACAUCGUCUGUGAGUUCUGAAUUUUCUGUGCUUUUUUUGCUCCACUCCCAAAAGGCAAAGGGUUUUUCUUGAAUAAUGUAAUCUCGAGUAAAGUUUUCUUCUUUUUUAUAUUCGCUAUUUGGUUGCCCAUUUGCUCAAAAGGGUUCUAAAUUAUCUGUAAUUUCAGUCAUGGGAUUUCGCUAAUCUUGCUGCAUAGAAUUCCUUUGUCCAGUUUUUUUUUCAAAAUUUUGAGUCUUUUGUUUUGUUCUAUCGUAAAAAAGAAGCAUUUUGCUUUUGUUUUGUGAGUACCCAUUUGCUUAAAAUCGUUCUAAACUAUUCCAAAUGCUGUUUAUGAUGAUGGGUUUUCGCUAAUUUGCCUGUUCUUUCUGUGAAACCCUCAAAGUCUGAAACUUGAUUGCGAUUUUCGCCAGUUAAAGCUCGCAAAUUUGUACCAAAUAUCUGGUGUUUUAGCAUUUAUAUGCACCUGCCUUUUCUGAUAAGAGAAGGGAUGGAUCUCAGCUUUGUCCAAGUGUACCGCUAGUAGUGUGACUUGAGCACAUGGAAAAUGCUGGCUCAUUUCGUUAAUUUUCGAACUUCCUGAUCGAUUCACAGUGAAUUUGAUUCGCUUAUCCUUGGCUCGUGCAAGAUAUGGAAUCUAAGUAGCUCAAUUUGCCAACUGGUUCUUUUGUUCCUCAUAGAAAUAUAUACCACAUUCUUUAUUGAUUCCUUGAAAUGUAAAUUUCACACUUCCAAUAUCUGUUCAUUCAUAUAUAGACCUCAUUAAGGGUCUCUCAUACUGCAAAAAUCCAAUGACUCAACACUUUUCUUUCCCGCUUGUUUUUGACCUUCAAAGCUCUAUGAUGGUCAAGAAAUCUUUCUCUGUCUGCCCGUAACAUCGUACGUUUUAUUUAUACCCUAAAGCAAACUUAGAAACCAUAUUGGCCUCUCGAGUCCCUUGUUUGGAUCUGAACUUUAACGGCCUGCUUUCUUGUCACUCAAACAAGAACUAGAAAAGUUUCCAUUUUCUUCUUGUUUCCAAAGUAUUGGACAUAUUAUGGAAGAAACAUUUGUUCCCUUUCGCGGGAUAAAGAAUGACCUCAAGGGGAGACUUCUGUGCUACAAACAGGAUUGGACUGGUGGCUUACGCGCGGGAAUCAGGAUCUUGGCGCCAACAACAUAUAUAUUCUUUGCUUCAGCAAUUCCAGUUAUCUCCUUUGGGGAACAGCUCGAAAGAAAUACAAAUGGAAGCUUGACUGCAGUACAGACUCUUGCAUCCACAUCACUUUGUGGCAUUAUCCACUCAAUUGUUGGAGGACAGCCCCUGCUUAUACUAGGGGUGGCUGAGCCAACGGUAUUGAUGUAUACAUUUAUGUUCAACUUUGCUAAGGACCGGAAGGAUUUGGGGCAGGAACUCUUCUUAGCCUGGACUGGAUGGGUAUGUAUGUGGACAGCCCUUUUGCUAUUCUUGCUGGCGGUUCUGGGUGCGUGCUCUAUUAUAAAUAGGUUUACGCGUGUUGCUGGUGAAUUGUUUGGUCUGCUAAUUGCAAUGCUUUUUAUGCAGCAGGCCAUAAGGGGACUUGUGGAGGAAUUUGGCAUACCCGAGAGGGAAAAUCUUAAUCAGACUGCACUCCAACCUUCUUGGCGGUUUGGCAAUGGAAUGUUUGCACUAGUUCUGUCAUUUGGCCUGCUUUUAACUGCUUUGAGAAGCCGUAAAGCUAGAUCCUGGCGUUAUGGAACAGGUUGGCUACGGGGAUUAAUUACGGAUUAUGGAGUUCCAUUUAUGGUGCUUGUUUGGACUGCUGUUUCUUACAUACCAGUAAAUGAUGUCCCUAGAGGAAUCCCAAGACGACUGUUCAGUCCAAACCCAUGGUCUCCUGGUGCAUACUCAAACUGGACAGUUAUCAAGGAGAUGAUGAAUGUACCUCCAUUAUAUAUAGUUGGAGCAUUUAUACCAGCAACUAUGAUCGCUGUGCUCUACUACUUUGAUCACAGUGUUGCAUCUCAACUUGCCCAACAGAAGGAAUUUAAUCUAAAGAAACCGGCUUCAUAUCAUUAUGACCUUCUUCUUCUGGGUUUUCUGGUCAUGUUAUGUGGGCUUAUUGGCAUUCCCCCUUCCAAUGGAGUAAUCCCACAAUCUCCUAUGCAUACAAAAAGCUUAGCUACUCUAAAACAUCAGCUUUUGCGGAAUAAGCUUGCAUCAACAGCUCGAAAUAGUAUUCGCAAAAAUUCAAGUUUGAGUGAUUUAUACCAAAGCAUGAAAGAUACAUACAACGGAAUGCAGACUCCACUAGCCUACCAACUUCCAUCUGCUUUGGGACUAAAAGAGCUGAAGGAAUCCACAGUCCAAUUGGCCUCUAGUGCUGGCUACAUUGAUGCCCCUGUUGAUGAGACUCUUUUUGAUGUGGAGAAGGAUAUUGACGAUCUUCUGCCCAUUGAAGUAAAAGAGCAACGUCUUAGCAAUCUGCUUCAAUCAUUGAUGGCUGGUUGUUGUGUUGCUGCUAUGCCUGUUUUGAAGAAAAUCCCAACAUCAGUUCUUUGGGGUUAUUUUGCUUUCAUGGCGAUUGAAAGCUUGCCUGGAAAUCAAUUUUGGGAGAGGAUAUUGUUUCUUUUCACUGCUCCAAGUCGAAGAUACAAGGUGCUGGAGAAGAAUCAUGAAACCUUUCUUGAGACUGUGCCUUUCAAAACAAUUGUGGCCUUCACAAUGUUCCAGACGGCUUACUUGCUUUUGUGUUUUGGCUUAACAUGGAUCCCGAUCGCUGGGGUGCUAUUCCCAUUGUUGAUCAUGCUUCUAGUCCCGGUGCGGCAGUAUUUUCUCCCCAAGUUUUUCAAAAUAGCUCACCUUCAAGACCUGGAUGCUGCAGAAUAUGAGGAAGCCCCUUCCAUCACUCUCAACCUGUCCCUUGAAGAUCUAGAUCUUCAAUCAAGAACCACUAACAUUGACGGUGGGGAGAUGCUUGACGAAAUUAUCACAAGAAGCCGUGGUGAGAUCCGCCACACUCACAGUCCAAAAACAUCAAGUUUGACCCCUACUCCUCCAGAAGGUAGCCCGCGGAUGUCACAGUUAGUGUUCAGCCCCCGUUUAAAUGGACUGAGAGGAGAAAGAAGCCCCCCUACUGAGCGGUCAGGACUUGAAACAACACAGGCUUCUGGACGAAGCUUUCAUGGUUCUUCAAGCUAAAAUUGCGACUCUGGUGAGAUUAUUCUUGGCAAUGGUCUCGAGAGGUUAUGUACUAAGUAUAUGUGUACGAAGUGUCAUCUUUUUCGGUGUGUUUCUAACUUUUCGUGAUAAUGUACGAUGUUUAUCAUUGUUCUUGUCUCUCGAUUAGCUGGUGGGCAGAGAAGAUGAUUACAAUAAUGCAGGAGCUGUAAUAAUUUUCUCAUUCAAACUAAAUGCGAACUGUGCAGUCUAUCUCAAUAUUUCCGAAA